GAAAUUCAAUGAAUAGCUCCCACCUCUCGUCCUCUUCCUCUUCUCUUUUCUAUCUGUGAAUUCCCAGUUUCGUUUCUGUAAAUUCCUUUCCUACUCUCUUAUUCUUCUUCUCUGUCGUCAGUCUUAUCGCCUGUCCUUCAAGACACUGCAGCUUAGUCGUCGGCGUCUUACCGUUUUCCUCUGCUGCAAUUUCGUCGGAAGCUCCCUUGUUGGUGCCUUCCUGGUUGUCGCCUGCUGAUGGAUUGGGUUGAGCCAAGUAAAUUGUAGCUGCUUGCCUGAUGAUUGGUGGGUUGUAGCUAACUCAUUUUUACAGCUCUGUUCUCUAUGGUGAGGCAAAGUCUGCAAUGGCAAGACCUCUGCUCAGAAGCCUCAGUGGAGCGCCAACAGUUAUCCGGCAGAUGCUCUAUCUCAGGCAAAUGGCUCGGAAACCAGAACCAAGUUUUACUGUUCUAAGGCUGUGGUGGCAGCAGCAACAGCAUCCCUUGGGUAUUUGUUUUCGUCAAAUGAGAGGCAUCAGUCAUGGAUCAGUGAGUCUGGUAAUAUCGCCGCAGGGAAACCCCAAGUUUGAGACACAUGAAAUUGAUCCCCCAAAGAAGGAGAAAUGGAUGACAAAGAAGAGGCUGAAGCUUAAACGGAAGAGGGAGAAGCAAAUGAGGAAGUCUGCCAAUAAGAGAGAUCCCAGAAGGCUUGGAAUCAAAGGCAAGAAGAAGAGGCAGAGGUUUGCAAAUGCGGAGGAGAGGAUCAAGUGCAAACUUGAAAAGGCUAAGAUCAAGGAGGCUUUAUUAGUUGAAAGGCUGAAAAGAUAUGAAGUUCCCAAAGCUCAGGGGCCUGCCGUCGAACCCCAUGUUUUAACUGGCGAAGAACGAUUCUAUAUGAAGAAGAUGGCUCAGAAAAGGUCCAAUUAUGUUCCAGUUGGCCGGAGAGGAGUAUUUGGAGGGGUUAUACUAAAUAUGCAUCUGCACUGGAAGAAACACGAAACUGUCAAGGUCAUUUUCAAACCUUGCAAACCCGGCCAAGUACAAGAAUAUACGGUUGAGAUUGCUAGGUUGAGUGGCGGAAUUCCAAUCCAGAUAAUCGGAGACGAUACUGUAAUUUUUUAUCGAGGAAAGAACUACGUGCAACCAGAGGUCAUGUCACCAGUUGAUACACUAUCUAAGAAACGGGCUCUGGAAAAGUCGAAAUAUGAACAAUCGUUGGAGUCUGUGAGGCAUUUCAUUGCUAUUGCUGAGAAGGAACUAGAAUUAUAUUACCGGCAUGUCGCACUCUAUGGCGAUCCAGCUGAUAGGGACCCUAAAUCAAUUCUUGAUCCUCCAAGGACAGAAUGUUCAACAAACGAUAUUGAAGCAGGAAUUUUUGGCGAUCAAGAAUUCUCAGAAGGUUUAAGUGACCUUGAUUGUGAAGAAGAUGACGAGUUUAGUGAGCACAAAGAUUCUUCCGAUGAAACUACAGGCAACUCUCACUCAAUGCAGCAACAGUCUGGCUUACAACUACUCUGUCAAAAAUAAUUUUACAACAACACUGUUUAAUUGUGUUGUAUAAGCCUAUAUGAAUAUGUUCUUAGUUUAUGUGCAUAAUGUAUAUUAUAUGAAUGCACACAGUCUGGUGCAUGUAGUAAUACAGUUUGUUGAAGUUUGUGUUCAUUAAUCAAAUUAUUUGCUCUGUAAAUGAGUUUUUUUUAGCAAA